UGAUCGUAUCCCAUACAUCAUUUAUAUUUCCUAAUUCUUAUAUUUAUUUCAAGGAUAAAAACCGCGCAUACGCUUUGCUCCAUUAAUAUUCGAGACUAUUUGUUUUUCUGUCAUUACAUUCGUAUGUGGCGACAUUUUGCUUAUAAACAAAGUGAAGUGGGAAUUGUUAUUCCACCUACGCAGAAUACCGGCGGCAGUUAAAUGUGAGAUUUAUGAAAGAAAGUGGAAUGGUUAGGAAGUAACGAUUUUGUACUAGUUCGUGAAAUUAAAUAACAAACAGAAUGAACACGAAGGAGUUAUGUAGAAUUUGCUUCAAAGCAAAUGAUAAUAUGAAAGCGCUUCUAAGUUGUUUGCACCCCAACUACGAUUCAAAGUCCAAAAGUGUUUUGAGUUUAUGGGAAAUAUUCAAAAAUAUAUUGAUUGAUGACGAUCGAUUCAUAGAAUCUGCGUUUGUAUGUAGUGAAUGCGUUGCAGAAAUCCAGCGCAGCUAUGAAUUUAUUGUGAAGUGCGAACAAUCAAACAGUCUUUUAGAGAAAUUUUCAACAUGUAAGCAAAAAUCAAAAGGCACCCUCUUACCAAAUAGCAGCAACAGUGAUUCUCAUUUAUCGAAAGAAGAGCUUGAUAAUACAGAACAGGAUGCUAGCAAUGUGGAAAAAUCAAAGCAGUUGAAGUACGAACCAAAAGUGGGUUUAACUCCUAAUGAAACUGUCUUAGAUUGCAGUCAAGAAAUGCAUGACGACAGUGACGAUGAAGAAUAUUUGCUGCAAAUCGUUACUGAUGAUGAUGAUGAACCCGAAAAAGCCACAAAAAUUGAAACCCCGAAAAGAAGACGGAACACUUCAGUUCUUACAUGUAGAACAUGCGGUAAGGCUUUCACCUAAAGAUAUCACUUCAAUCGACAUGAAAAAAUUCAUUACAAAGAAGGAAGACCUUUUGAAUGCGAAGUCUGUAAGAAGCUGUUCACAACUGAAGAGA